AUGGGACCGGGGAGGCUGACGUGCGUGCUGGUCUUGGCGCUUGUGCUGGCUCUGGGGUCCCGGCCACAGGAACAGCCACCCAGGGAGUCCAACAACCUCAACUGGAACAAGUUUUCAGGGUUCUGGUAUAUUCUGGCUGUCGCCUCUGAGGGCCGAGGCUUCUUGCCGGGCAGAGACAGGAGGAAGCUGGGGGCGUCCGUGGUGAAGGUUCACAAAGCCGGCCAGCUGAAGGUGGUCCUGGUCUUCAGCAGGUCACAGGGGUGCCAGUCACACACGUUAAUUCUGUGGAAAGAUAGGAAAAAGGCGAUAUUCAGGAAUACUUGUGCGUACGUGGCGGCCCCGCGCUUCUCUUCUGGUCCAGUGAAGGGGGUGGAGGGCUUCCACGUGCUGUCCACCGACUACAGCUAUGGCGUGGUCUGUGCCCUGGGCCGGGCUGGCCGGACCUCCAAGACCCUGCUGUUCUUCAGUGAGUCCCAUGGCGACAUCUGGGGAGUGGGCGUGUGUGGUACUGGGGUGCCGGGGGGCGGAGGGGCGACAAGCUCAGAGGGGAAGACCUCUGCCACAGCUCGGGCUCCGUGA